UCUGCGCCCGCCUCCUCCGCUCCGGCUUGCAGCCAUGGAGCCUCGGCCGCUGCUCGGGCUGCUGCUGUUGCUGCUGCUUCUGGCCGGCCUCGACCCCGGCCUGGCCGAGCACCGGCCCGAUUACGACCGCGAGGCGCUGCUGGGCGGCCAGGACGAAGUGGAGGAAUUUUCCAAGCUCAGCCCGGAGGAGCAGCAGAAACGCCUGAAAGUGAUUAUAAAUAAGAUCGACGCAGAUCAGGACGGCUUCCUUACCGAAGAUGAGCUGAGUUCCUGGAUCCAGCACUCCUUCAAGGAUUACAUCAUCGAAGACGCCAAGCAGCAGUUCCACCACUACGACAAAGAUGGCGACGGGCGGAUCUCUUGGGAGGAGUAUAAUAUCCAGAUGUACGACCGCGUCAUCGACUUCGAAGAGGACACCACGCUGGACGAUGCCGAAGAAGAAUCCUUCCGGCAGCUCCAUUUAAAGGACAAAAAGAGGUUCGAAAAGGCUAAUAAGGACGGCGAUUCGAUGUUAGAUUUUGAGGAAUUUGUCGCCUUUGAGCAUCCGGAGGAGGCCGACUACAUGAAGGAGUUCGUCAUCCAGGAAGGUUUGGAGGAACACGACAAAGACAGGGAUGGAUUUAUCAGCCUCGGGGAGUUCCUUGGGGACUAUCGAAGAGAUCCAACAGCCAAAGAAGAUCCGGAAUGGAUCGUGGUGGAAGAAGACCGCUUUAAAAACGACUACGACAAGGAUAAGGACGGGAAGCUGAACGCCAAAGAGUUGCUGGCUUGGGUGAUGCCCAACAACGAAGGCCUUGCCCAGGAAGAGGCCGUUCACCUUCUCGAUGAGAUGGACUUGGAUGGAGACCGGAGGCUUUCCGCCAACGAAAUCCUCGAAAACCAAGAUAUGUUUCUCAACAGCGAAGCCACUGAUUACGGCCGACAGCUGCAUGACAAAAGUUUCUACCACGAAGAGCUUUAAUUUCCAAAAAGAUGCUUUUCCCUUCCUUUCCAAAUUGAGAUUUUCUCUCCCCCCCCCCCCCCCCAGCCCUUGUUAUUGAGCUCCAAAAAAAUAAUAAUAAUAAUGCCAAUCGGGCAGCAAUUUUAUGUUGCUAACAUUCUUUGUACGUUGCCAGCAUUACUUUUGCGGUCUAAUUUAAUUUAAUUUUUUUUUUAAAAGAGGAGAAGAACAGAGACUUCGAUACCGCUUUUUGAAACUUGAAAAUACCAGGGUUUGACUGCCAAGUGUCAGCCCUCCUUUCGGUUAGAUUUUUAAAAAUUAUUUUAGGAAAAGGGAAAAUGCAGUUGUAGCUGUGUGGUUGCGUGUUGUUAAAUAGUUUUUCUAUCCUAUUUUGUACAUUACAAAAUUCGGGAGGAUGAAGUGUUACAUGCGAGGUUUCUGUGCGUAUUCACCGGUUUGGGUGGUAGAACGAUAGGGAAAUAUUUUCGCAUUUGGAAAGUAUUCUAUUUACUUGGAUUAAAAUGUUCAAAUGCC